AUGUUAAAUCACAGAACUAAAUUUAAAGUUCCCACUUCAUUAUCAUCCCCAGAACUUGAUUUCGAUGGAAUUUUGCUUGAAAUUACAGAUGCAAUCGAUUCUAUAUAUUUAGAAAAAACUGAAGUCCUCUCAUUUGAAAAAUUAUACAGGCAUAUAUAUUUAAUUGUAAUUAAUGGUGCAGGUUCUAAAUUGUAUGGUGAGAUUGAAAAAUUCAUGAGUUCCAAAUUGAGGGAGCUUAGAAAUGAUUUUACCAUCGAUGAAACACAAGAUGAAAUGGGAUUUUUGAAGAACUUAAAUCAGUUUUGGUUAAACCAAUGUAAAUAUUUUAAGAUUAUUAAUGAUUUAAUGUCAUAUUUCAAUAAAGUGUACUGUAAAGAAGAAAGAAAGUUUGAAGUUUACGAUUUAUGCUUAAACUUGUUUAGAAUUGAUAUAGUUAUUCCAUUACAUGAGUCAAUCUCAAACAAAAUAAUUAAUCAAAUUAAUAAGGUUCGAUAUAAUAAUGAACUUUUAUAUAUUGCAAAUACUGAUAUUUGGAAAUCUAUUUUCAAUAUGUUAGAGACAUUGCAAGAUGUUGACGACAAAGAUAAUUAUUUCAUAACAUAUUUUGAGCCAAAAUUUAUACAAAGGACCGAAAAUUUUUACUCUAAUUUUUUGAAUGUCGAUAGCCUAACUUUAGAUGAUUAUUUGGUAAAAGUAGAAAAAAUCAAAUCAUUUGAAAAUCACCUCGAUAAUUAUUUUUUAAAUCCUGAUACAACUUUGAAGAUAAUUUCAAUAUUAGACAAAUGUUUAGUUUGGAAUAAUAUUAUGGAUAAGGUACCAGCAUAUGUUAAAGAUUUAAUUCAAGUAAGCAACAAUGAUCAGUUGAAAAAAUUAUAUUCGUUAUCAUUAAACGAAGAAUAUAAAGGAAAAAUUAUAUCUACUGUUAGUGAAUGCAUAUUGGACGCUUUAAAGGAGUCAACUGAUAAUAAUAUUAACGACAACACCAAAAGAAUCAAGAAAACUCAGAUGUCUUUGAAUUGGAUUAGUAGUGUAUUAGAAAUUUACAAUAAAUACAAAGCUUUAUUGUCAUGUAUGAAAACUGAUAAAUUUUCAAUUUUAAAUGAGAAUUUAAUGAAAUAUCUGAAAGAUUUAGAAAAUUUAACGAUUGAAUCAGUUAUCAUAUAUCUAGAUACUUUUUUGAAAUUAUCUUCCAAUGAAAAUUUAUAUAAUGCAACCAAUAAUCAUACAAAUUCUGAUAGGUCUACCGAUACGAUUAAAAAAAAUAUAAAAGAUUGUACUAUUUUACUUAAAUUUAUUAAUGAGAAGGAUUAUUUUGAAAUAUUUUAUAAGAAACUAUUGUCUAAGAGGCUGUUACAGAAUCGUUCAAAUUUUGAAUUGGAAAAAUGGCUGGUUGGAAUCAUUAAAACAGAAAUGGGCUCAUUUGUUACAAUAAAAAUAGAAGGUAUGCUAAGAGAUAUUAAUAAAUCUAAAGAAUUAUUGAUUAAUUUUAAGAAGUCCGAAGAUUUAAACAAUAUAGCUUAUAUUCCGGAAAUUUUGACCAUAUCAUCUUGGCCUUUUGUUUCUGAAUUAAAUACUGAUUUGAUUAUAUUGCCGAAAGAAUUAUUGGAAAUUCAACAAAAUUUCCAGACAUUUUACAGCAGUAAAAAUUAUAAUGAUAGAACAUUGAGCUGGCAGUUCAAUUUACAAACAAUUGAAUUAAGAUGUUCAAUUAAUAAAAAUAUCUAUGAAUUAAUAAUGCCAUUUUAUUCAAGUUUAAUACUUCUCUUAUUCAAUGAAAAUGAGAUCUAUUCCACCUCUGAAAUUAAGGAGAAAACAAAUUUACCAGAGGCAGAAUUGAUUAAGCAAUUAUUAUCAUUAACGAUAGCUCCAAAAUGUAAAAUCUUGAAAAAAUCUCCUCCAGGGACUAAUAUAUCCCUUGAUGAUAAAUUUUCAAUCAACGUGUCAUUUAAAUCAUCAGUUACAAGAAUUAAAGUACCUACUUUGGUAAAUGGUGGUAUUUCUUCUAGUUCAAUUAAUGGGUUGGGUAAUGGAAGUGGCUUAACGGAUGAUCAGCAACUUGAACAAUUACAACUUGAAAAAUCUAGAACUCUUCAAAUUAAUGCAUCUAUUGUUAGGAUUAUGAAGAAUAGCAAAACUUUAACACACAAUGAAUUGUAUGAAAAAGUUGAGCAUGAUCUGUUAGACAGAUUUUCAUUGACAAAUAUAAUGUUUAAAAAAUCUAUUGAAAUUCUAAUUGAAAAGGAAUAUUUGCAAAGGUCACCUGAUGAUAUUAACUUUUACUUUUAUGUUGCAUGA